GGUUCCCUAGAUGCAACUGUGCGGCUCUGGUAUGAAGAUGGGACCUCCAGGUUUACCUUGAGCCAUCAUGAGGACGGAAUCAGCUGCAUGAUCGAGGCAGCAGAAGACAAUCUUCUAGUUGGUUCGCGGGAUGGGAAGAUCACGCAUUGGAAUCUCCAGACUGGCAAGCUGCGAAGCUGCCUUCAGCAUGACGAUUGGGUCACGUGUUUGCUGGAGGCACUUGCAUCUUGGUGGUCCGGGUCAUGCGACUCCAGCAUCAAGCGCUGGAAUCCUGCCGAUGGUAGCUUGUUGGCGACACUUCGUGGGCAUAACUUGGGAGUGAACACCUUGCUGUACUUUUCCGGCUCCAUCCUCAGCGGCUCUGCAGACCGCACGGUGAAGCAAUGGCACCCCGUUGACGAAGCUGUGGUGGCUUCCAUUGAGGGGCUCUCUGGUGUCAGCAGUCUGCUGGAGCUUCCUAGAGGGAUCUUCCGAACUGUGAAUCGGGGCGAAGCGUCGCUGUUACCCAAGCCUCGAACAACGCUUUCAGAGGUGGCCUCCAAUACGGAAGGCCUUUCCUCUCCUCCGAGGACGAGUAUCUUCUUCUCGGAUGAUCAGAUCGUCAAGGCUGACAGGUUUGAGGACGGCCGAGAUACUCAGGACUGUUUGAUCUCCAUUGACACCAUUCCUUGGGAACGACUCUCACAAGGCGACAUGCCACCCCCGCACCUCCAGCCGCGUGCAAGGCAUGUUGCAGGGGCUUCGGCGAAAAUUUCAGCUGGAGCCACUGCGCAAGGAGCUAUUGGAGGCUGCCGCACUUCGAUUUUAAAAUGCAGUGUGGCCAAUCCCGUGGGCAAAGUGUAGCGGCCAAAGUGCCGACUGGCAAAGCUAGAUUGUACAAUAUUGUUAAACACCAGGAAGCUGAAAACAAGGGCAGCAACCUUCCUGGCCCGAAGCUGCAGCAACGGGCAACAGGCUGGUUACUAUUGUGGACCAUUGCAAGCUUAUUGAGGCACAACUUUCAUGCAGGAUUUGAGCCAGGAGCGUUGCGCAAACUGGACAGAUUCAGAUUCAGAAAGAAUGGUCC